GAUAAUAAUUUUAUAUAAUAUAAAACUAAUACGUAAAUAGUACGAGACUAGCUUAUUUUAAGAAUUUGUUUCCUAAAAUAUUCUUUAGGAAGGUAAACCAGUUUCGAGCGUCUGGAUAUGUUGCGCUAGUUUAAUUUGAUUUUACCUUGAACAUCUUUACCCAAGGAUAAUGAAAGUAUAUAGAUUUGCUGGUCCAAGUCAUGGCAAAAUCAACAAGCGCAAUAUUUAGAACAGGUUUCACAAGACGUUUCACUACGUCGUGUAAGGUGUUUUAGAAGAUAAAGAGAGAGGAUAGAAAAGAAGGAUUAUUUUACGGCGGGGGCAGCCUAUGGAUGAACGGACAGAUGUAAUGUAAAGUGCAGAGGCCACCUCGCCACUACGAGACACAUUGCAUCGUACGUUCUGAUCAUUCGCUUCGCAGAUUCGGUCGAUUGAUCUUGCACGCAAAGCGUCUUUCAUUCGCGAUUCCAACUGUGUAUAAUUCUAACAAACAAUCUUUGCUUAGUUCACGUUGCUGGUCAAUUGUCCGAGUGUUCAGGUGUUAGAAAAAUUGUGAAAUUUUUCUUCGAUUAAAAUUCACAAAAAUCCUUAGUCGAUACGAAAAAAAAUUGGACAGAAAACAUCUUUAUCACACGGUGGACGAGAAAAGCGGUAGAGAAUUUCAGUAAAAGAUUAUUGGGAUACGGAAUAAUUUGAUUAGCACAUAAGUCUAAUAAUAACGGAAGUUAUUGACGAAAUAUCGAAGAAUAGAAGUCUUUGUUUCGAAUAAAUACCCUGUGGGAACGGAUUGUGCAAGAAAUCAUAUACGCAAUCCAAGCGUAGGAUAUAAAAAAUGCAACCGCACGAAGAAAACAACAUAUGAUGUUAGAAUAAAUUACACACGAUUCAAUCGUUCAAUAUACCAAAAUACAUAAUGUUUUUUUAAAAAACGUAGAAAUUCGGAGAAAAUUAUACACAAAUUUUACUUUCGUGUGAGACUAAUAUAUUCAACGAUUAUUAAGGAUCGAAGAUAAAACUGAUCGAGAACAAGGUUCAUCUAAUAUUGUCGAGAACAAGGUUUAUCUACUAUUAGCUGCGUUUAAUAUUUCUUCGAAUGCGCAACUGUAACAAUAAGUAGUUGUGGAUGAUUCGUCGUGCCCGCAAUGUUGAGCAUUGCACAUAUAUAAUACCCCACCUACGCAACUGUCAGACAUAGAUUUUUUGUUCCCAAUAAGUUGAUAAACGUGGGUAAAGAGAUAAAAGGAAAGUGCGGCAGAUAGGCAGUACGGAAGAUACUCUCAGUAGGUCAAAUCUGUAAGUCAUGUCGCUAAGACGUGCAAGAAACACACCGCACAUUUCGCGCACUCGGAUGGCCGACAUUCAAUUUAAGGACCUGUCGUUAGAGGUUCAGGUUGGAUUUCGCAAGACCAAGAAGCAGAUCCUGAAGGGUCUCAACGGAAUUUUCAAGGCCGCGGAACUGACGGCUAUUAUGGGACCGUCCGGUUCCGGGAAGUCUACGCUGCUGAACACUUUGACCGGAUUUCGGCAGGGACAAUUGACAGGCACGAUCGAGUACAUCAGCAGCGAGGGUAAGCAGAACUGGAGCAAGUAUAAAAAACAGUCGUGCUACAUCCAACAGAUGGAUAACUUACACGGUGUGUUCACCAUUCAGGAGAGUAUGAUGAUAGCGUCCUAUUUGAAGAUUGACAAUGUGACAAAAAUUGACAGACAGUUACUGAUAGAAAACAUUCUGAAGACACUGAAUCUAUUGAAAGUAAAGGACACAAAAGUCGAUCGGCUUAGUGGAGGACAGAAAAAGAGGCUGAGCAUUGCCUUAGAGCUGAUUGACAAUCCGCCAAUAAUGUUUCUGGACGAGCCGACUACUGGGCUAGACUAUUUGGCGUCCCUGCAAUGCAUCGCCGCGUUGCAAACUUUGGCAAAGAGUGGCCAUACGAUGAUCUGUACUAUUCAUCAGCCCAGCGCCGCGCUCUAUCAUCUGUUCGACCAUAUUUACAUGAUAGUCGACGGCCAAUGCUUGUACGCCGGCACGCCUGACAAUACGGUGAGCUAUUUUGCCCAGCAAGGCUUUCAGUGUCCCCAGUAUCACAAUCCCGCGGACUACAUGUUGGAGGUGGUCAACCGAGAGUACGGGGAUUAUAAUAAUCACUUGAUCGCGGCGGCCAAGAAAUAUUGUGAAAGAGAAGAGACGCCUUUAAAAGUACGCAUCAUGAGGGAAGCGUCGUUCCAUGGUGAAAAAACGAAAAUGAUAAUGGAUUCGCCCUCGGAAAUUACGAAAUUCAAGAUAUUGCUAUACCGUUGUGCUCUGAUAGUAUAUCGAGAUUGGACGGUAAAUCACAUCAAGGUGAUCUUCCACUUCCUUGUGGCUGUUCUGUUGGGCUUGCUGUACGAACACGCCGGCGAGGAUGCCAGCAAAACCGUCAGCAACAUCAGUUUCUUGAUGGUAACCGGAAUAUACUUCAUCUACACCAGUAUGAUGCCGGCCGUGUUGAAAUUCCCUUUGGAGCUAGACAUUUUGAAAAAAGAACGCUUCAACAACUGGUACCAGCUAAGGACUUACUACUUCGCUACGCUGGUGAUCACUCUACCGUUAACCAUAUUUUCCACAUUUAUUUACACAACCGUUUCUUACGUGCUAACCAGUCAACCUUUGGAAUGGUUCCGGUUCUUCAUGUUUCUACUCAUCACGAUUCUGACAAGUUUCAUUUCGGAGAGCGUAGGGUUGGGUCUAGGGACAAUUUGUAAUCCUGUUAAUGGCACCUUUUUUGGAGCCAUUUUCGUAUGUGUAAUGCUAACACUAGCCGGCUUUUUUGCAUUCUUUAAUCACAUGCCGUUGUUUCUUUACUAUGUUAGCUAUAUAAACUACUGCAGAUAUGUAUUAGACGGCUUUGUACAGGCGAUUUAUGGCUUCCAACGGGAGACGCUACAUUGUCCGAUCCACAUUGAUUAUUGCCAUUUGCGAGUACCAUCGAUGAUAUUAGAAGAGAUGCAUAUGUCCCAUUCUAUAUUCUGGGUCGAUGUCAUUAUCUUACUCGCCUGGUUCGUGACCGCUCGAACCAUGGCUUACAUAACGUUAAAAAAUAAGCUUUCAAAAGUGUGAAGAUUCUAUCUAUUACUAGUAAAAAAGUAGGUAUUAUAGCUGUAUUCAAAGGAAGGCGCUUAAUUCACCGAGAUUCUUCUCUUUCGUGAGAAACCUCUCAUCGUGCUUUUGUACCGAAGAUUACGGAAGAGGAACGUCGUUAUCGUGACCUUACAAAGAUGCGUUCGCAAAAUGUCAGGAGAAAUUUACAUAAUGUCAGUAUGGCUGUGACAACAUAGUAUGUCUAUCGCUUCGUAUAUAUAAAAUCUUUUUGCCAAGGCUUAAAAAUAAAGGAUAGUGAUAGUUUCUAAAUAUAGUAUAGUUUAUCUCUCUUUGUAGCGAAUUUUUUCCACAAAGUCUUAAGAUAGAAGACAGCUUAGUUUCCAAGAAGCCAAGAUGCCGAUGGCAAUGAAGAAAAUGCUUACACAACUUACGUGUAGCAGGAAGUAAAAGUAAUGCUUAUAAUUGAGUCGGUUUUUCUAAUUUGAUCUAAUGCAAACCAGCGCGAUAAAAUGCGGGAGGAUGAAAUACGGUUGUAGAAAGUGAACUGUGACAUUGUACAUACGCGACGAUACUUUCACACUCGUGUUCGACGAAGUAUGUGCUAGGACGGACAUAUCGUAAAUAUUUCGCAUUAUAAUUUAAGAGUCGCCUAAAAUUUGAUUCGGUUUUAACGAUUUGUAAUAUCCUUCCUUAAGCUUUAUACUAAUCCUCAAUUUUUCAGAAAUAUUUUUAGAAUAAUUUAUUACUAACGUUGGAAUUAUUGUAUGUCUAGUAGUUCAUGAAAGUGUUAAAUAUAGGCACUUUAUGAUUUAUAAAUAUACUACCAAUUUAUAAAUAUACUACCUUUCCGAAAUUUCUGCGCAACUGUUUAUUGUUAUACAAAAGCGAUAGUUUCCGCGAACUGUAUUUCUUUUCAAUUUACUGAUAUCUGUGAAUGUAGUUAACAAAUAAAUUUACGUUGAAUUCUAAAGUUGUUGAUAAAAUUUAUGAAAUUUUACUUAAGAGUGUGUAUAAAUAGUAUGUAUAAAGUUAUUUUAAGGAAUAAAAAGUCAACAGAAAGACCUGUGUCAUUCAAUAACUUAAGGAGAUCAUGUAAAAGAGUAAAAUUAUAUAGCCUUCGUCGACGAGGAAAUGUUAUAUUCAAAUGACAUAUUUAUCACGAAAUAAUUUUGAUGUUAAGAAUGUUUUUUAUUACUAUGACUAAAUGAUAUAAGCGGAAAAUCAUUAACAUAUAUUGAGAGUUUUAUGUUGGAUUUUUUUCGAAUAAAUUACUGGAUUUUAUGAUGAAAAA